AUGGCGAGGAGAGCGGGGACGGGGGCAGAGGCGGCGGCGCCGCCGUGGUUGGAGCCGCUGCUGGCGACGACAUUCUUCGCCUCGUGCACCCUCCACGGCGACGCCGCCCGCGGGGAGUGCAACAUGUUCUGCCUCGACUGUCCCUCCGCCGGCGCCUUCUGCUUCUACUGCCGCUCCUCCGCCCACGCCGACCACCGCUCCAUACAAGUCAGCCACUCUCUCUCUCUCUCUCUCUCUCUCUCUUUCUCUCUCUCUCUCUACAUAUAUAUUGUCUUCAUUGCUUGUGCUGACGGCGGCGCCGCCGGGUGGGGGUGAAGAUACGGCGGUCGUCCUACCACGACGUCGUGAGGGUCUCGGAGGUGCAGAGGGCACUGGACGUCAGCGGGGUCCAGAACUACGUCAUUAACAGCGCACGCGUCGUCUUCCUCAACGAGCGCCCUCAGCCCAAGGGGACCUCCUCCUCCUCCUCCGGCAUCGGCGGUGCCGCCAAGUCUGCUGCCCACCUCUGCGAGAUCUGCUCCCGCACCCUCCUCGACCCCGUCCGCUUCUGCUCCCUCGGCUGCAAGGUUUCUCUCUCUCUCUCUCUCGCUCUCCCCCUCUCUCCCUCUCUCUCCCUCUCUCUCCCUCUCUCUCCCUCUCUCUCCCUCUCUCUCCCUCUCUCUCCCUCUCUCUCCCUCCCUCUCUCUCUCUCUCUCUAAAGCUCGCUCGGCCCACCUGCUUAAAAAACGAGGAAUGGCGGCGGUGGUUCAUCGUGGGUGUGCUGUCGGUGCAGCUGGAAGGGAUAAAGCGGACGGGCGGCGGCGCGACAUUCCUCCUCGACGACGACGGCAGCGGCGGCGGCGGAGGCGGCGGCGGCGACGGCGGCGGCGUCGGACAGGAGCCGACGACUUCAGCCCCCCGGCACCGGCGGCCCCCAGACAGGCGGAGGCCCGCCGACCGCAGUCAGGACCUCGCCGCCGGCCACGUCAUCGCCGCCGCCAAACCCCGGCGGCGGAAGGGCAUCCCCCGCCGCUCCCCGCUGGCCUCCUAA